GCGUGAGGUGCAGUUUGGCGGGAAAACAACAAUAAAAACAGCUCGCCGCAGCCCUGGGAGGAAGUAUGAUCGAGCUUGUCAUCAUCGUUGUUUGUGGCCUCUUGUCCAUUGCGUAUGGCGCAUGGGCAAUCCAAUCCGUCAUGGCGGCGGACGCGGGCAAUGCCCGUAUGCAGGAAAUUGCGGAAGCGAUUCAGGAAGGGGCCAGCGCCUAUCUCAACAGGCAAUAUACGACGAUCGCCAUCGUUGGUGCCGUCGUUUUUGUGCUCGUCUGGAUAUUGCUCUCCGGGCCUGCGGCAAUCGGUUUUGCCAUCGGAGCCAUUCUCUCAGGUGCCGCCGGAUACAUCGGCAUGAUGGUAUCGGUCCGCGCGAAUGUUCGCACCGCACAGGCCGCCAGCCAAAGCCUCGGUGCAGGACUGGAAAUUGCCUUCAAGUCCGGUGCCGUCACCGGUCUUCUGGUUGCUGGCCUCGCUCUUCUGGGCGUUGCGGUCUAUUACGCGGUUCUGACCGAAAUGAUGGGUUACGAAUCCACUGACCGGACCGUCAUUGAUGCUCUGGUCGCUCUUGGCUUCGGUGCCUCCUUGAUCUCCAUCUUUGCACGUCUCGGUGGCGGUAUUUUCACCAAGGGCGCGGAUGUCGGCGGGGAUCUCGUCGGCAAGGUCGAAGCGGGGAUCCCUGAAGAUGACCCGCGCAAUCCGGCAACGAUCGCGGACAAUGUCGGCGACAAUGUCGGUGACUGUGCCGGCAUGGCUGCCGAUCUGUUCGAAACCUACGCGGUGACCGUCGUUGCGACAAUGGUUCUUGCAUCGAUCUUCUUCACCGGCGCCCAGGCGCUGGAACUGAUGCUUUUGCCGAUGCUGAUCGGGGCGAGCUGCGUUGUCACCUCCAUUAUCGGAACGUUCUUCGUCAAGCUCGGCGCGAACAAUUCGAUCAUGGGAGCGCUCUACAAGGGUUUUAUCGCCACGGCAGUGUUGUCGGCGGUUGCCCUGGCAAUCAUCGUCUUCGGCUGGCUCGGUGCCGGAACGGAGUACACAACAUCCGGCGGAACAACCUUCACCGGAUUUGAUCUCUUUGUCUGCGGUGUGGCUGGCCUGAUCGUUACCGGCCUGAUUAUCUGGGUGACAGAAUACUACACAGGUACUGAAUACCGUCCUGUGAGAUCGAUUGCCCAGGCCUCCGUCACCGGUCAUGGCACCAAUGUGAUCCAGGGUCUUGCGGUUUCGCUUGAAGCAACUGCGCUCCCGGCGAUCGUCAUCAUCGCCGGCAUACUUGUUACCUACAGCUUUGCAGGACUGUUCGGCAUUGCCAUUGCGGUGACCACCAUGUUGGCGCUGGCGGGCAUGGUCGUUGCACUCGACGCUUUUGGUCCGGUCACCGACAAUGCCGGUGGCAUUGCCGAAAUGGCUGAUCUUCCGGCUGAAGUGCGCACGACAACCGAUGCCCUCGAUGCCGUCGGUAACACGACCAAGGCGGUCACCAAGGGCUACGCAAUCGGUUCUGCCGGACUUGGCGCUCUGGUUCUGUUCGCCGCCUACACGGAGGAUCUGAGAUACUUCUCCAGCACAGCUGUCGAAGGCUCGAUCUUUGCAGGUAUCAACGUCGAUACGCUGUUCACCCUGUCCAACCCCUAUGUUGUGGCCGGAUUGCUCUUCGGUGGAUUGCUGCCCUAUCUCUUCGGCGGUAUUUCCAUGACGGCCGUCGGCCGUGCCGCCGGAGCGGUGGUGGAAGAAGUCCGUCGCCAGUUCAAGGAGAAGCCGGGCAUCAUGGAGGGAACGGAACGGCCAGACUAUGGCCGGGCUGUCGACAUGCUCACGAAAGCCGCGAUCCGUGAGAUGAUCAUUCCGUCGCUGCUUCCGGUCCUGUCACCGAUUUUCGUCUUCUUCGUCGUGCGUGCGGUGGCGACACCGGCCGAUGCGUUCGCGGCAUUGGGUGCGAUGCUUCUCGGCGUGAUCGUGACGGGCCUUUUCGUGGCCAUCUCGAUGACGGCAGGCGGCGGUGCCUGGGACAAUGCCAAGAAAUCCUUUGAGGACGGAUUUACCGACAAGGAUGGCGUGACCCAUCAUAAGGGCAGCGAGGCGCACAAGGCGUCGGUGACCGGUGACACGGUUGGUGAUCCCUACAAGGACACAGCCGGACCCGCGGUGAACCCGAUGAUCAAGAUCACCAACAUCAUGGCGCUGCUGUUGCUGGCCAUUCUGGCGCACUGA